CGUUCCAUCACAUCUGGUGCGGAGGACCUGAACCAGGAAGUUGGUCACCAGAUAACACGGUCACCAGUUAAACCGUAACACCGGUAACUUCGCCUUUGCAGCAGGGCAACUGGGUGAUUGUGAGACGGCAUAGUCGCGGGUCAAAACACCGCUCUUCUGUUCUGAUCAGAACAUCAAACAGGUUCUCCCCACUCAGUGACGCAGCCACUGAGAAACCUGAUCAAAGUGAUCUAGUUAUUGGCGAUUCUAUUGUACGGAACGUGAAAAUAGAGACACCAGCCACCAUAGUCCAGUGUUUACCGGGAGCCAGAGCACCUGACAUCUUGGCAAAUUUAAAAGCGCUGGCUAAUGCUAAACGUAAAUUCAGUAAGAUCGUUAUUCACGUCAGCACAAAUGAUGUUCGACUUCGCCAGUCGGAGAUCACUAAAAAUAAUGUUAAAGAGGUGUGUGAACUUGCAAGUACGAUGUCAGACACUGUAAUUUGCUCUGGCCCCCUCCCUGCGUAUCGUGGUGACGAGAUACAUAGCAGACUGUCGUCACUAAAUGGCUGGAUGUCUAAGUGGUGCCCGCAGAAUAACAUAGGUUUCAUAGACAAUUGGACAAGUUUUUGGGGCAGACCUGACCUGUUGAAAAGAGAUGGUCUUCAUCCCUCCAGGGGUGGUGCCGCUCUUCUCUCUAGUAAUAUGGCAUAUAGUCUUAGAGUUUGCACUUGACUAACUGGAGCCCAGGUCAGGAAGCAGACAGACUGGCUAAUCCGACCAUCUGCUAGCCGCCUCACGUCACCGAAACCAGUUAAUUCUCAGCACAUAGAGACCCUUACACCUAGAUAUCAUGCUAUAGAGACUGUGUCUGUUCUCCGAGCUAGACAAUACAAAAGACGUCCAAACCAAUUUAAGAGUAACAAUCUAAUCAACGUUAAACAAAUUAAAAAUUUACAUAAUACAGAGAAACAAAUGAUAAAACUUGGCCUUUUGAAUAUCAGGUCCCUCUCCACAAAAGCGCUUUUUGUAAAUGAUAUGAUCAUUGAUCAUAACCUAGAUGUGCUAUGUUUGACAGAAACCUGGCUAAAACCAGAUGAUUACAUUAUCUUAAACGAGUCUACCCCUAAUGGUUACCAUUAUAAACAUGAGCCAUGUCUAAAAGGUAAAGGGGGAGGUGUUUCCACAAUUUAUAGCAAUAUUUUUAGUGUUUCACAGAGAGCGGAUUUCAAGUAUAACUCAUUUGAAGUAAUGGUGCUUCAUGUAACAUUAUCCAGAGAAACAAGUGUUAAUGAUAAAUCCCCCAUGACAUUUGUACUUGCUACUGUAUACAGGCCACCAGGGCACCAUACAGAUUUUCUUAAAGAAUUUGCUGAUUUUAUAUCUGAGCUGGUGUUAGCUACAGAUAAGGUCUUAAUAGUAGGUGACUUUAACAUCCAUGUUGAUAUUGAAAAUGAUGCACUGGCAGCUGCAUUUACAGACAUUUUAAAUUCUAUUGGAGUUAGACAACACGUGUCAGGUCCCACUCAUUGUCGAAAUCAUACUCUAGACUUAAUACUGUCACAUGGACUUGAUGUCAAUGCCGUUGAGAUUCUGCAGCAAAGUGAUGAUAUCUCUGAUCAUUAUCUAGUCUCGUGUAUUCUCCAGAUGACUAAAACUGUAAAUCCAACUCCUUAUUACAAGUAUGGUAGAACCAUCACUUCUACUACAAAAGAUUGCUUUCUGAGUAAUCUUCCUGACUUAUCUGAAUUCCUCAGCAUGUCCAAUAGCUCAGAAAAACUUGAUGAUGUAACAGAAACUAUUGACUCUCUCUUUUCCAGGACUCUAGAUACGGUCACUCCUCUGCACCUAAGGAAGAUUAAGGAAAACACACUUGGAGCAGAUGUGAAGGGGGAGGAGAAUUUAUACGUGCGUCACGUUAAGUCGAUAAAAGACUUCCGCAUAGGAUACACCUGUGUAUCCUCGCUGAUCGCUCCUCAUGAAGCCUCCUCCCUCCUCGAUCCUCGCCUCCUCGCGGUGCAAUUAGAGAAUUGA